AUGCUUUUGUUUACUAUACUUAUUCUUAUUUUAUGUUUUAUUAAUAAUAUUUAUUCAUUAUCAUGUUUUAAAUGUAUGACAACAAAUUUUCUAAAUGAUACAUGUAGUGAUCCAUUCAAUUCGAUAGAUAAUCGUUAUGAACAUGAAUGUCAAGCAACAAUAAAAGGUAAAAAUGGUUUAUUUCCUGCAAGAUUUUGUGUUAAAAUUUCUGGUAUUAUUGUUGAUAUUGAUCGAAAUCUUAAUCGUUCAUUAAUUCAUACAAAUCUUUAUUUACGAACAUGUAUUACUGAAAAUAUUAUGAGUUCAACACGAGCAUCUGAUUCAACAGGAAAUUUUCGUUUAAAAAAUUUUGCUGAUAUUCCAGGUAGUAUCAAAAUGCAAGGAACAAUAUCAUUAUGUACAAUGGAUGGUUGUAAUCAAGCUAAUUUUCAAACGACUCAUAUAUUGACAAUAUUAUUUUCAUUUUUAUUUUUUAGUUACUGGCAAAUAAACUAA